ACCCCUUGACCUAAUAUCCUUAAGUCACAACAUGCCUGCUGGGACUCAUUUGAUCGAAGUUUCCUCACUUGGCUACUUCUUCUCACCAGUUCGAGUGGACAUCAGUGCCAGGAAUCCUGGGCAUAUUCAAGCAGCAUUGACUGAGAACAGAAGAGUACUAAAUGAACUGGUUUUGGAACCUCUGAAAGAAGAGCAAUACUAUGAGAUGAGGGAGCCUUUCAACAUUUUGUCACUUUUGAAGAGCCCCAUGGGUAUGAUGGUCGGUUUUAUGGUCGUAAUGGUCUUUGUUAUGCCCAAGAUGAUGGAGAACAUAGGUACGUGACAUAUAAACACAUUUGAAACUUUUA